CCCGCCCCGCCCGCCCUACGUCUGUGCCGGGACAUGGCGGCUGCUGGUGCCGGGUCCUUGAGCUGAGCGCCCGCUGACAGCUGCCAACUGUUCCCGUCGGCUGUCCGAGCGGGCCGGGCCCAGGCGCUGCCGGGACGGUGAGGAGCUGCGGCCGUCGAGGAGGAGGAAGUGGCUGCCGCAGGAGGCCGUCUCGGCCUGCACAUGGCGUCCAUCUUGCUGAGAAGCUGUCGCGGCCGGGGCCCUGCUCUCCUCCCGCCGCCCCGCGCCGCAGCCCCGCGGGGUAGUCUGGGGCACCGGCAUCGUGCUUGUCUCAGUUGUGCCAGCACCGUGGGGCUGAUAAGCCGCCUGAAUAUUUCAUCUGGCUGCUGCUUUCCAGCCCACCCUGUGUACCUCUGCUUCAGAGAUGAGCCCCUCAGUGUUUGGACUUUGAGGCCCAAGCACCCACGCAUAGCAGCGAGAGUGCCAUGGACCCCCACUUCACCAGGCUUGGUUGUUACGGGACCUCGGUACCUUUCUAUGCGAGGCUGGCACUCAUCACCCCCUCUUAGUGAUGACUCUGUGGUGGAGAAGUCCCUCAAAUCCUUAAAGGACAAGAAUAAGAAGCUGGAGGAGGGUGGCCCCGUGUACAGCCCACCUGCUGAGGUGAUGGUGAAGAAGUCUCUUGGGCAGAAGGUGUUGGAUGAGCUGAAGCAUUACUACCAUGGCUUCCGUUUGCUCUGGAUCGAUACCAAGAUUGCAGCACGCAUGCUGUGGCGCAUCCUCAACGGCCACACCCUGACCCGCCGGGAGCGCAGGCAGUUUCUCCGGAUCUGUGCUGACCUCUUCAGACUGGUCCCUUUCCUGGUCUUCGUGGUGGUGCCCUUUAUGGAGUUUCUGCUGCCUGUGGUCGUGAAGCUCUUCCCCAACAUGCUGCCAUCCACCUUUGAGACCCAGUCCAUCAAGGAGGAGAGGCUGAAGAAGGAGCUACGGGUCAAGCUGGAGCUGGCCAAGUUCCUACAAGACACGAUUGAGGAGAUGGCCCUGAAGAACAAGGCAGCCAAGGGAAACGCCACCAAAGACUUCUCUGCAUUUUUCCAGAAGAUCCGGGAGACAGGAGAAAGACCCAGCAAUGAGGAAAUCAUGCGGUUUUCCAAAUUGUUUGAGGAUGAGCUGACUUUGGAUAACCUCACACGACCGCAACUGGUGGCACUGUGCAGACUGCUGGAACUCCAAUCCAUCGGCACCAACAACUUUCUGCGCUUCCAGCUCACCAUGAGGCUGAGGUCCAUAAAGGCCGAUGACAAGCUGAUUGCUGAGGAAGGGGUGGACAGCCUGAACGUCAAGGAACUGCAGGCAGCGUGUCGGGCGCGAGGCAUGCGGGCCCUUGGCGUCACAGAAGAACGUUUGCGGGGACAGUUGAAGCAGUGGCUGGACCUGCACCUGCACCACGAGAUCCCCACGUCACUGCUCAUCCUGUCCCGAGCCAUGUACCUCCCAGACACUCUCUCGCCUGCUGACCAGCUCAAAUCCACACUGCAAACCCUCCCGGAAAUUGUGGCAAAGGAAGCCCAGAUGAAGGUGGCAGAGGUGGAGGGUGAGCAGGUGGACAACAAAGUAAAACUGGAGGCCACGCUGCAGGAAGAGGCCGCCAUCCAGCAGGAGCACCGGGAGAAGGAACUGCAGAGGGCCGCAGAGGCAGCAAAGGACAUUGAGCUGGAAGGAGUGGAAGCUGCCACCCCUGGGAGGCCAGUGGUUGAGCCAAAGCCAGAGGUGCCUGAUGUGAUCCUGCCCACAGAGGCCCUGAAGGAUAUUGCUCCAUUGCUAGAGGGUGUGAAGGAAGAGGAAAUAACUCAGGAAGAAAUUGAUGUCCUCAGUGACGCUUGCUCCAAGCUGCAGGAGCAGAAGUCAUCUCUGACCAAGGAAAAGGAGGAGCUGGAGCUGCUGAAGGAGGACGUCCAGGACUACAAUGAGGACUUGCAAGAGAUCAAGAAGGAGCUUUCUAAGACCGGUGAAGAAGAAUUAGUGGAAGAAUCUAAAGCCAGCAAGAGACUAACAAAGCGCGUGCAGCAGAUGAUUGGGCAGAUCGAUGGCCUGAUUGCACAGCUAGAGACGGGUCAGCAGGCCGGCAAGCUGGGCCCUGCCCAGGGCUCAGCUGUGGGGGAGAAUGUUGUCAGCGUCACUGAGCUCAUCAGCGCCAUGAAGCAAAUCAAGCACAUUCCAGAAAGCAAGCUGGUGAGCUUGGCCUCAGCACUGGAUGAAAACAAGGAUGGCAAGGUCAACAUCGAUGAUCUCGUCAAGGUUAUCGAGCUGGUGGACAAAGAAGAUGUCCACAUCUCCACUAGCCAGGUGGCUGAGAUUGUGGCCGUGCUGGAGAAGGAGGAGAAGGUGGAAGAGAAGGAGAAGGCCAAGGGCAAGGCUGAGAAGGAGGCUGCAGAGGUGAAGAACUAAGGGAGGUGCCGAGCUCACACACAGCCCCAUGGGCGUCCUCUUCCUCCCGCACCACUGCGGUGGGAUGAUGUGAGAGUGAUUGCUUUGACGUGAUCUUAGUGGCAGAUCUAAUAUUUUGUCUGGAAUAAGUCAGAAACUUCCGUAAUCAAGUUUAAUUUUUAAUUUUCAUCAUUCCAUGAAGAUUAAGUCAGUCUGCAAUCUGGGAGCCUCCAGGGAGUUGUGUCUGGACUCAUCUAGUGUAGUACUCAGUGGCCCCACAGAGGCCACCGACAGUCGCAGCAGGGGCGCCUCCCUGCACGUGCCUGUGCCAUCUCAGGGCCUGACCUGUGCUCUCUGUUCCCUGAGAGUGAGGACCAUGUGGACUCCCAAUGCCCAAGUAGAACUGCACGGAUGCACCUCAUGUUUUCAGAGGUGCUGGGCAAGAAUCAGACAGGAGCACAGCCCUCCUCAGCUCUGAAGAUCCUUCAGCUGGUCUGUGAACUUUGAUUCCUAAAAAUCUGUGUAAAUAGAUCGUCUGUUCCCGCAUUUUCAGAGUCAUCUUUGUGUGACUCUUCUCAACAGAAGCGUCUGUGACUUCAGUGGCCUCUGGAAGUAGCGCCUCUCCUGACAGUAGUGCCCAUGUCUUGAGUGGAUCCUGGGGUGUGUUUCCUGAGCUUGCACUUGAGAGUCUGACUCAGGAGUAACAUCCAGAAUGAAGUGCGGGGGAGACACACCAGUGCAGCCCUUGAGAAGGAAUCAUUUGCCAGGUGAUUGCCACACUGUUGGGUCCAAGGGUUAGGCCUUCACCACAGCCUGGCUGGAGCAGGUUCUGGCUGGAGCACAUGUGGGGCCCUUGAUGGCUUCCCUUGUGAAACAAACCCUGCCCGCUGGAGGACCUGGCUGGAGGGGCCAUCGCCCACAGCUGGCCUCCUGGGCCAGGGCACCCAGAUGGUCUCUGCACUUCAGCCUUUGCAUGGCCCCACCAAGUCCUUAUGAAGGUGGUCAUGUGAGUGAGCAGUGGCAUCUUGAGGGGCUUGCAGUGUGCCCCCCAUGUACUUAGGGGCUGGGUGGUGUCUCCAGGGCUCUGGUGGCCAGCAGCCUCUUCACACUUGAUGGCCCUGUCAGGGACAGUUCCAUGUGGGCAGGCCAGAGCUGGGUG